GCGUCCACCCCAGCGGGUCAGCGGCUCCUCAGGCUCCACCGGCUCCGCGCACCUCUCCGAGGCGGCGCGCGAGCGCGCGCAGGGGCGGGACUGCUGCCGGCGCCGAGGGCUGGCGGAGUCCCUCUCCGCAGCGGGCAGCGGGCAGCGGGCAGCGGGCCCCCAGCUGCGGUAGCAGCUGCCGGCUCCGGGAGGGGCCAGCCGGCGCUGGGUGGUGGAGAGCCGUGGGGCGGAGGCUGCGGCCGCUGGCCGGAGGGAGAGCUUGCAGGCAGCAUGGCGGGGCUGCGGGCCGGGCGGGGCUCGGGGCUCGGGCUGCUGGCGCUGUCCACGCUGGGCUUCUGCUUAAUGCUGCAAGUUAGUGCCAAGAGGCCCCCCAAGACGCCCCCUUGCCCGCCCAGCUGCUCCUGCACCAGGGACACCGCCUUCUGCGUGGACUCUAAGGCAGUGCCCAGGAACCUGCCCUCCGAGGUCAUCUCUCUGACGCUGGUGAACGCUGCCUUCUCGGAGAUCCAGGAUGGAGCCUUUUCCCACCUGCCACUGCUGCAGUUCCUGUUACUCAACUCCAACAAAUUCACUCUGAUUGGAGACAACGCCUUCACAGGACUGUCCCACCUGCAGUACCUCUUCAUUGAGAACAAUGAUAUCUGGGCACUAUCCAGGUUUACCUUCAGAGGACUCAAGUCUUUGACACACCUCUCACUGGCCAACAAUAACCUGCAGACGCUGCCUAGAGACAUCUUUCGGCCCCUGGACAUCCUGAGUGACUUGGACCUGCGUGGCAACUCGCUCAACUGUGACUGCAAGGUGAAGUGGCUGGUGGAGUGGCUGGCACACACCAACACCACGGUGGCCCCCAUCUACUGCGCCAGCCCGCCCCGCUUCCAAGAGCACAAGGUGCAGGAUUUGCUGCUGCGGGAGUUCGACUGCAUCACCACGGAUUUCGUGCUGUACCAGACCCUGUCCUUCCCAGCAGUAUCAGCUGAGCCCUUCCUUUACUCCAGCGACCUCUAUCUGGCUCUGGCCCAGCCAGGUGCCAGCGCUUGCACCAUCCUCAAGUGGGACUAUGUUGAACGGAGGCUUCGAGACUAUGAUAGAAUCCCAGCCCCCUCUGCAGUGCACUGCAAGCCUAUGGUGGUGGACAGCCAGCUGUAUGUGGUUGUGGCCCAGCUGUUUGGUGGCUCUUAUAUUUACCACUGGGACCCCAACACCACGCGCUUCACCAAGCUGCAGGACAUUGACCCGCAGCGCGUGCGCAAGCCCAACGACCUAGAGGCCUUCCGUAUAGAUGGUGACUGGUACUUCGCAGUGGCCGACAGCUCCAAGGCCGGCGCCACCAGCCUCUACCGCUGGCACCAGAAUGGCUUCUACUCUCAUCAAGCCCUGCAUGCCUGGCACCGCGACACUGACCUGGAGUUUGUAGAUGGCGAGGGCAAGCCACGGCUGAUUGUGUCGAGCAGCUCACAGGCACCCAUCAUCUAUCAGUGGAGUCGCACUCAGAAGCAGUUUGUGGCCCAGGGUGAGGUGACCCAGGUGCCUGAUGCCCAGGCUGUGAAACAUUUCCGUGCGGGCCGCGACAGCUAUCUGUGCCUCAGCCGCUACAUUGGUGACUCCAAGAUCCUGCGCUGGGAGGGUGCUCGCUUCUCCGAGGUGCAGGCCCUGCCCUCCAGGGGCUCACUGGCCCUGCAGCCCUUCCUGGUGGGUGGCCGCCGCUACCUGGCGCUGGGCAGCGACUUCUCCUUCACGCAGAUCUACCAGUGGGAUGAGGGGCGACAGAAGUUUGUGCGGUUCCAGGAGCUGGCUGUGCAGGCCCCUCGGGCAUUCUGCUACAUGCCUGCUGGGGACGCCCAGCUGCUCCUGGCCCCCAGCUUCAAGGGACAGACGCUCGUGUACCGACACAUAGUGGUGGAUCUCAGUGCCUAGUAGGGUGUCAUGGCCUCUGGGGAGUGGCCACUGGAGGCUAAGUAGGAGUCUGUGUGAGCCACAUAUGUGCCCAUGUGAAGACACAUUGUAGCCAGCCUGCAUUCGUGCCCUCACGUAUACAUACGCAGCCCCAGUGAGCAUGGACACACACCGUGAGCUAGCCCAGGGAGCCACUUCUCAUAGUUGUAAUAAGCAUGAAGACGUGUAUAUGCACCAGUCAACCCAGCGCCUGGUGCCUUCCUGUGCGUGGACACCUGUCAAACCUGCCCCCCUCCUGUAGGACCCCCUCAGUCUGUUGCCUUCCACACACUCUGGCCCCAGGGUUGGGAGGAAGGCUGAACUUCCUCUCCUAGUCUCCUAUUCUUUGGCUUACCCUGUGACUACCUGGUCUCUCCUAUUGGUGCUCCAGGUGUCCAUUUACCUGCUCCUGUUCUACACUGCAGCCCACAGCCACAUCCUUCAUACUUCUGGGGUCACUCACUCAUGUUAUGCUCCUUCUGCGCACACAUGUGGACACUGGUAGACAGUCUCAGGGACGUGCACACACACGUCUAUGUUCUGUUUCUGUGAGCAUACGUGCAGAUUCAGGGCUGCCUAAAAGGGCUCCCCUCCAUUACCUUGCCUCUCUUCUUGCAGAAGGCACAUGGUACCCGUCAUCGGCUCACCCCUGGUGUGCCCACCCUCUAGGCAUCAGCUUAACCUCCUGGGGCCAGAGUCUCUGCCCAAAGCAAUAACAACAUCCCCAGCAGGCCCCAACUUCUUGCCAGGCCUUUGUUCUUACAGGGGUUUCCUACUCUGACCCUGAAGCUGGCUCAUGCGUGGAGACUACCCAGAUAAAAGCCUUUCUGCUUUUCUUCCCUGUAGCUGCUGCAGCCUCAGACCACACUCCCUACUUCAGCCGCAUCUUGGGGGUACAGCUCCUGAGCUGUGCUGGCUCCUUUGGGUGGGUCCAAGAGCUGGCCAAGCCAGGGACCCUGCUAUCUGGGUGGGUGCCAAGAGUGGAGCUGUGCUGGAGAGCGUCUUGGAGACCCUGGGACCUUACCAAUCCUCAGAGGCAUGCCCCAGGGGCACUGCCUUCAGUGCCUGCUGAGUGUCCUGUGGGAGCCGCACCUCAGAGCCAAGCCUCUGCUGCCCUCUGCUGCAUGCUGGAAAUAGGCAAGGCUGGUGCAGGAGGCAGGCUUUGGGAAACUUCCCUGUGCCCAGACAGUGUGAGGGCCUCCUGGGGUCAGGAUAUCCAGGGCACUGGCGAGCAAUUUUAUGAUUCAUUUUCCUCAAAUAAAAGGUUUCCACCCCAUUGCCGGCUCUCAGGUGUCCAAUGUCAGCAGCAGCAGUUUCACUAAGAACAGACCCAUGGCUGUGCUUUUGUCCUUGCUGUGCGCAGGGGCCAGUCCUGGCUUUCGGACUCCCUUCUUCCCUGCUCCGCUCCCUCAGAGAGCUAGGGCGAGCAGGCAGGGUGCUGGGAUCAGGAGUUCUUGGUGAUGACACUCAGUGCUGGGCCAGUGUGAAGUCUCCACCAAGUGGGGCUGACUCUUGGCCAAGUACAUAAAAUCCUCAGAAUGGAGUGUCUGACACGCGAGUCUGUAGGACUUUAUGAGAUACAGAGGUGGCUCAAAGAAGGUGAUUUGUAGGAGGGGAGGCCAUUCUUCGGGGAGAACUGCUGUCUGUGGAUUAGGGUUCCUUACCUGUCCUGGGUCUCAGAGUCCUUUUCCCCUGUGUGCCUCUGACCAUGACAAUGGGGAAUCUCAUAGGUGACACACCUGGGUUUUACUUCCUUGAACCACCUUCAUGUGUCUUAGCUUAGCAGAUGUUCCUCGGGGUCCCUAGGUACCCUGUUCUGGGAAUGCCUGUACUGCUUUCUCAGAUGGGGAACGGGCCCCCAUGCAGUGCCAGGGAAGGGUGGGCAGGGGAAGUGGGUUGAGUCUCCCAGACAUGUUGGCACUCUGUUGCCCAGUGGAAAGAAAACAUUACUGUCACCGUCACUCCCCCAGGACUCUUCCCUGAAUGACCCCAGAUUUCCACACAUGGGGAACGGAGCCCACUGUGUGUCUACCUGGUCACCUGCCCUGGGAGUCAUUGUAGGUCCAUACAGCUGCUUAGCAACCCAGUGUAACCGGUGACUGUGUCAACAGCUCAGGACCAAAGGCCAUGAGAGGCAGAGUCCACUCACUCAGCCGAAGCUGAGGAGGAUAACAGCAUUCAGGGGCCAGCCUCACGCUCCUCCAUGCUGAGCCCUGCUCUCAGUGGCAGACCUCUGACAUCAUGUCCCUCAGAGUUCCCAAGCACAGUGACCAGGACCAGGAGUCUCCAUGGGAAA